AUGUCUCAGGAUUACCUUGGGUUUUCCCUUCCCUCAAAUGGCGACUGCCUCGAAAGCUGGGCAGAAGCAUGCGGUCGAGGAAAUGCCACAUCUCCUUGCUGUACUAGGUGCAUGAGUCUUGGCGCUGAUUUCAAAGAAAAUGGUGCAUGCGGAACAAACGCCCAGUGUCUACUUCCUGGCCUCUUUGCCACAGGCAUGUACGCCCUCGUAGAGGCUGAGGGCACUCGCAAAGGCGGCCUUGCCUUUUUUUGUGCCUUUCGCGAAACCAACCAGGAAGAGAGCGAGAGCAGAGAAAAUCAGAAGGAUGACCCAACACAUCAAGCGACGUCGCAAGCUUCAGCGGGGCUGCCGACCCAGCACCAAUCCCGAAGUCGCUGCAGUGUUCCUGAUGCACUUCAAAGCCGGUCGACGGACAAAGACGUAGUUCCCUCGGAUGAAUGCAUUACUGUCCAUCAAGUCGGCACUGCGGACGUCGGGGCAGGCAUUCUGGAUAUCAGGUGGCUAACCAAGGCCAGGACGCCGCUCACAACCACCACUGGCGAGCAAGCGGACCAAGCAAUUCGUUCUCGAACAUGGCUCCCGUCAUUCGCAUCUGACGGAGCAUCGAGGCGCGGAAGCGAUGAGGCUCUACCCACAACUCCGCAGUUCUCUGAUUCUUGCUCCUCCGUGCUCGCGGCCAUCGGGUCGGACCGAGCUCUCCAUAUUCUACAAGUCUUCCUUCACGGUUCGUCAGCUCCAACCACAAAUCCCAACGAUGCGUUUUUGCGCAACUCCUCUAACGAACGCAUUUCUCCAACCUUGGAAGAAGCUGUGCUGCAAAAUCCGGGCGAUGUCCUAAAUCAGCACUCGCGUGAGCCAUGCCAGAAAAGUGGGCUAACCCUACCGGAAUGUCGCUGCGCACGUCUUGCGCGGAUAGUGUUGCCGGAGGCGGAUGCUUCCGCGACUCUAGCCAGUGGUGCAGUCAUUGGCGUUGGGAUGGACAGCUUAGCAGACGACGGCAGGAAGGCACACGAUGCGGAGACGUGGUGCGUCUCCUUCGACCCUCACGAGCAGGGCAAGAUUCUGGCAACCGGUGCUGAUGACUGUGCAAUCCGUUUGUGGGACCUACGAUGCAGAGAGUCCACAACGAUCGAAAUCAAUCACAGCGAAGACGUAACUUCAGCUUUGGCGAUGGAGAACCGGCGCAGCCACACAAUGGGUGUAACGUCAGUAACUUUUUCUCCUGACGAUCCAAAUUGGUUACUAACCGGCAGCUACGACGAGACAGUUCGUAUUUUUGACCGUCGGCAACUCCGCUACCCUCUGAACUCCUUCCGUGUUUCUGGAGGAGUCUGGCGCCUCAAGUGGCACACAGCAGAGAUGCUGGCGGAUCGAUUGCUGCUUGUGGCGGCAUGUCAUGGUGGUAGUGAACUCUGGCGCAUUGGUGACGCGCAAUCAGAUAUUGAGAGGCUUGGAGUCUUCUCCGGACACCAAUCUAUGACUUACGGCAUAUCAGCCCUAUCGAUUAGAACCCUUCAGCGCCAGAGUGUGCGACGGUGGCCGGUAGCUAAUUGUCUGCCUGGCCGCGCUGUUCGCCCUUUUGUGUCCUCCCAUGCCAGACAGCAACUAAGUGGCAGUAUUUUUUUGUCUUGCAGUUUUUAUGACCGUCUCCUAGCUAUUUGGUAG